CUAUGUCGAUAUUUCAGAUCGGUAGACAGAAAGUCCCAUAGGAUGAGACGUCUGUGCAGAUCUUACAUCUGUGUUUACACGUUCAGAACGAUACUCAUAAGACUGAGGAAGAGUUUGUUCAGACAAUAGUGGACAGAAAUUUUUGGCAAUUAUUUUUUAUGACCUAAACAGAUUUCAGGUAAAGGGGAUGGCGUUUUACGACAAUGACCAUUGGCUCCUGUCACACAUUCGCGAUAGUUUUUUACUAACAGACAAUACAGGUCAAUGCGAAAUAGUAAUGGUCGGAGAAGAUAUUCCUAAACAGUUAAAGUCGAAUGGCAUGUUGCACUGUUAUCCUGGUAUGGAAGACAGCGACGAUGAAGAUCUAGAUGGUCUUGUGGAAUCUUAUGACGUACAGAUGGAAUAUAGUCACAGAGAACGGUCUAACACUGCUAAAAGAUUGGAGAAAAUGGAUCUCGAGAGAAAGAAAGCUGCCAAAGUAAAUAUAAAGUGGGAACACAAUCCUGCGAUGUCUCUUAGCCAACAAUCAGAGUUAUUUCAAAGAAAAGACUUUCGUAAAAAGACUGGUCAACCUAGUAAGAGGCAUUCUCUUUUAUCCGAGCAACUUGAGAAGUGUCCAAACUUACCACAAAAUCCGUUCAUGGAAUAUGCCAAGUUUGAUGGUAGUGCACAAGUUGAUAUUCCUAUCAGAAAAUACAGGAUUUUUAUGUGUAUGUUACCUAAAGAGCAAAGAACGUACCCUCUACAAAUAGUUGUAGUUGCUACUGCAAAAGUAUUGGAUUUCAUUGGAUUAAUUUGUUACAAAUAUGCGAAUGAACAUCCAGAUCAUCAGCUGAAGGAGGAUAUAGCAAGAUACGGUUUAUACUUCACGGAAGAUGACGGCGAAGUCGAUUGGGAUUUACCUUGCCUAGAUCCGAGAGAAGCUAUUUCUAAAUUUGAAUUCACGACGCUCGGUCUUACCGAAAUGAAACCAAGCGAUAGAGCCAGACACAAUAUGGCUGCUCAUGUAGAAACGAAAGACGAAGACAAUUUUCUGGAAAGGCAGAAUGAAGAACAGAAAGAAGUUGCCGAAGACUUGGCAAAAAUGGAAGGUCACACUACUGCCAUGGAAGCUCCAUUAUACCAAUCAUACAGGGUAUACAUAAUUAACAAAGUCAGAACAAAGACUGAAAUUUGUUUGGGAAUCUCAGGUGAAAAAAUUGAGAUUAAUCCAAUAAUGACUGGUAAAGGUGCUGGACGUUUUUGGAAUAGGCAACGUGCAGUUAGCUAUCAAAUAGACAAUAUUGCCUGGUGUGAGAUAACAGAAACAAAGGGAUCAAAGACAAUUUUUACAUUAGUUUAUACACCGCACUCUUCUACAUCCGAAAAUAUUUUAGUAUCAUCCGGACAAUUCAAAAAUCACGAAUUCGAGGCGGAUUCGAUAACCGCCGAAGAGAUCGUUAGAAAAAUAAAUCAUAUACUUGAAUUGCACAGCAGCACAUCGAGAAAAGAAUACUUAUCUCAAAAAGAAAGAAAAGCCGCUAGGCGCAAGAGCUUUCACUUGCACAGAUGACAACUCUACUGGUUUCUUUAUUCUAUUUUAAAUUAUUUAAAGCAUUGAUCGUUUUAAUGUGAUCAGAAUGGAAACAAAUACUUGCUUUAAUACAAAUAUAUCAUUAUCAGUUUAAUGAUACUCUGAUAAUUUGGACGGGCCAUGACAAAUGCUUCCUCGGAAUCUGUCAAGGUAGUCAAAUCUACAGGUUGCCCUUGGCUUUCUAAAAGUAAUUUCUUUUUUGUCAAACAUUUUCGUUCAGUUUUUCGUUGUCUAAAUGUCUCAAUCCAUUCUUUCCUCUCAUUUUUAAGGCUGCAUAUGUAUUGUUCCAAAUUGAAAGUUUCUGCUUGAGAAGUCUCAGAAAUACAUCUAUCUGCAUCACUGUUAUCC